AUGAAGUCUGCUUUGUUUUUGUGUUUGUUACUUCUUGGGCUUCACGUCCAGGGUCACCAUGAGCCCAGCCACAAUGAUGAACAAGAGGAACAAAAAACAGUUCAUUCUCCAGGAGACCAUUCUCAUGUUGAAGGUGAAAACCUGGCUCAUCUCAAGAUAGCUCCAAGCAAUGCUGACUUUGCAUUUAAAUUUUACAAGCAGGUUGCAGCAGAGGCAGGUGACAAGAACAUUUUCUUCUCUCCUCUGAGCCUCUCAGCUGCCUUUGCAAUGCUCUCCCUGGGGGCCAGAGCGACCACGCGCCAUCAACUGCAUAAAGGUCUUGCCUUCAACCUGACAGAGAUGGAGGAGCGGGAGGUCCAUGAAGGCUUUCAGCGCCUCCUCCAGCUACUGAAUGACUCUCACAGAGAAGUCCAGCUGAGCAUGGGCAAUGUCCUGUUCAUAGAUGACCAGCUGACACUGCUCCAAAAAUUUGUGGAUGAUCUCUCAAAUUUUUAUCAUUCUGAAGCUAUUUCUAGUAACUUCCAGAAUACUUCAGAGGCUAGAAAGGAAAUUAAUGAUUACAUAGAAAUUAAAACCCAUGGGAAAUUCAUUAACUUACUCAAGAGUCUUGAUUCAAACACUGUGAUGGUUCUAGUUAACUACAUUUUCUUUAAAGGCUACUGGGAACAACCUUUCAGCAGUUUGCUCACCAGUGAUGAUGAAUUCUUCAUGGAUGCCAAGAAGUCUGUUAAGGUCAAAAUGAUGUAUCGAAACAAACCUUAUAAUAUCCAUAGGGAUGAGAAGUUGUCUUGCUGGGUAGUAGAAAUCCCAUAUAAAGGAAAUGUUGCUGCAUUGUUUGUUCUGCCUGAUGAAGGGGCAAUGAAGCAGGUGGAGGAUGCUUUGCUGGCAGAAACUGUGUCUAACUGGGCAAAAUCACUUAAAAACAGAAAAAUCUACCUAUACCUUCCAAAAUUCUCCAUCUCUGGAUCCUACGAUGUCAAGAACCUGUUCAAGAAAAUGGGUGUGACAGAGGUGUUCAGUGACCAAGCUGAUCUCUCUGGAAUGACAGAAAAUACUCGCUUGAAGGUUUCCAAAGCAAUUCACAAGGCAAAGGUGGAUGUUAAUGAGAACGGCACAGAGGCUGCUUCAGUGACUGUGCUAGAAAUAAUACCAACGUCUCUUCAGAUUCCUCCUCCUCCUGUUAUCAAAUUCAAUAGGCCCUUCCUGAUGAUGAUUUUUGACAAAAUCUCACACAGCAUCCUCUUUCAGGGGAAAAUUGUGAAUCCAGCUGCCAGUGAAGACUAG